CAUUAAAAUGGCGGAUAAUACUAGAAACAAGCAAUAUUAUUGCUUCUUCUUCUCUUAAAACCAGCUUGUUUUCUUCUAUUCACAUUUCCGUGAUUCUUUUUAAUUUCUUCCUCUAGUAGUAUACUAUUUCACGAAGAAACAAAUUAGUGAAAAAGACAAUUUUUUACAACUACUAGUUUUUAUAUAGUUUUUCUUCAAAGCUUUUCCAUUUUCUUAGUAUAUUCUUGAACUAAAAUGACUAUGGCUUAUUGUGGAAGCAUUUCUGGUAUUUACACUAAUUUAAAUGCAAUUGAGAAACUACCCAUUUCAAGUCCAUGUCUCUUCAGAGGUUCUUUUGGUUUGGACCCUGUACAGAGAAUAUCCGUUGUUUCCAAGAGAUUAGCUUUUUCUGAGAAUACAAUUAUUCCAAAAGCAUCCUCAGCUGCAACUGUUGAGGAUGGAAGUUCCCAAGAUACCGCUGUGCCAACCCCCAAGGUCAUCAUAGAUUUGGAUUCCGACCCGGAGGCAACUGUAGUUGAGGUUACUUUUGGUGAUCGCCUUGGGGCUCUUAUUGACACGAUGAGUGCACUCAAAAAUCUUGGACUGAAUGUUGUCAAGGCUAAUGUCUAUCUAGAUCAAUCAGGGAAGCACAAUAAGUUAUGCAUCACACAUGCUUCUACAGGUAGAAAGGUCGAGGAUCCAGAGAUACUAGAAGCAAUUCGAUUGACAAUUAUCAACAAUAUGAUGGAGUUUCAUCCGGAAUCUAGCUCCCAGUUAGCUAUGGGUGAAGCCUUUGGUGCUUUUCAACCAGAUCAUAAGAUUGAUGUGGACAUAGCAACCCAUAUCCAUGUCUAUGACGAUGGUCCUGAACAAAGCUUACUGUGUGUAGAGGCAGCGGAUCGACCUGGACUGAUAGUUGAUCUCGUCAAGAUCAUCACUGAAAUAAACAUUGAUGUUAUAUCAGGAGAAUUUGACACUGAGGGAUUGCUAGCUAAGGCAAAAUUUCACGUAAGCUACAAGAACAAAGCCCUCAUCAAGCCCCUUCAACAGGUUCUUGCAAACAGCCUGCGCUAUUACUUGAGGAGACCUACAACAGAAGAGUCAAGUUUUUAAUACUGUGCAGAAUGAGAGAUAAGACAACCAGUUGGUUUAACCCCGCACUUUUUUACUGUCACAGCAAAAUGCGUGCUGAAACCUGCAUAAUCUGGAAAAUAUAGUUUCAUUACUGCUCUAACAUUGUAAAAUGCUACUAUCUGUACGUCAUCUUUGAAUGAAUAUUUCUCCAAAGUGGGAAGAGCCAUUUAUCACUCA